UGGCGGUUUGGUUCGGUUCGGAUCUCCGGGAGCAGGACGCAGCGUCUCCUGUCAGGACCACAGCGGGACAGACAUGAGCGGCGCCGGGGACGAAGAGGAGGUGGACGACCCGCAGACGGACGAGUCCGUUCCAGGCCGGAGCGGCUCCAAGAUAUCAGACGUGGGAGAAAUCAUUGAAGGCAAGCGGGCCAAGAAGGCGGUGGAGAGGCUGGACUUCCAGGCUCCAAAAGCCAAGGAGAAGCUGAAGAUCGCUGACGGCGGCGGAGACAAACUGGGAGACAUUCCUCGGACCAACUACGAGAUCAACAAGCGGAAGGCGGAGGAGCUGAAGCUGCUGCACGCCAUCCUGUUUGACCGACCCGGAAAGUCGGCCUCCGUCAAGAAGAACCUGCGGCUGUUUAACGGGUUUCCGUUCGAGGCGGGCAGCCCGGAGUUCACCAAGAAGCGCACGAAGAUGCUCAAGAGCUACAACCUGACCAACGCCAAGCUGAAGCUCGUCUGCACGGUUCUGGACCUGGAGAAGAAGGGAACCCAGUCGGACCUGGUCGACCGGAUCCUGAACUUCCUGGUCGCCCCAAAGAACAGCGGCAAGCGCGCUCCGGUGAAGAAGAAGAGGAGGUCCAAGAAGAAGCUGUCUGGAGACGACUCCAAAGCCCAGAGCAAGAGGAGCCGACCCAAAGCCCAGAGCUCCUCGUCCGGCGCCAAGAAGUCCAAAGCGGGCAGCAAGUCCAAAGCUAUCGUGAUGGACUCCAGCAGUGAUGAAGAGGAGGAGGACGAAGAGAAGCUGGGAGCUUCAGUGGAGGCGCAGGGUUCUGAUGGAGAGGAGAAAGCGUCAGAACCUGACGGAGAAGAGGAGGAGCACUCUGAGGAGUCAGAGGAGUCAGAUGAGUCCUCCAAGCCCAAGUCCAGCAGAGGGAAGAAGAAGAACGCAGCAGAGAAGAGGCAGCGGACACCAGCGAAGAAGACGGCGCCUCCAAAGAAGAGACCAAAGAACCAAAGUCCAGACGAGUCUGACGGAGACAGCGGCGCUGAGGAGAAGCCAAAGAAGAAGAAAGUAGCAGCAGCUAAAACCAAGAAGGCCGACAGCAGCAGCAGCAACAACAACAGCAACAUCAAACCAGCCGAGGACAGCUCUGACGAUGAUGAGCCGCUCAUCAGGAUGAUAAAGAAAGCUCCAACAGACGAUCAGCUGAAGGCGACGGUGGAGAAGCUCCUGAAGGAGGCCAACCUGGAGGAGAUGACCAUGAAGCAGAUCUGUCAGAAGGUGUUCGACACGUAUCCGGAGCACGACCUGAGCAGCAGGAAGGACUUCAUCAAACAGACGGUCAAGGCUCUCAUCACAUGAAGAUGCUGCUGGACUCCACGGCUGUUUUUAUUGAACUUUACUCCAGGUUUUAUGUUGGAUCCAGUUUCUAAAGAAGAAAAGGAAGUUUUUAGUGUUUUUGCCAUAAAGCUGGUUUGUUUCCGUUUACCCAGACUUCAGGACAUCUCUGCAUCUGGAGAAAUCUUCAUUAUCAGUCCCCCAGCAAAACUUUGGCCUUCUUCUGUUUCCUUAAUAAAUUUGUACAUUUUU